UUAAAUAUUGUAUCAAUAAUUUCAUAAUAUUCAGUGAUUGAUAUUUUAAAAUUUAAAUCUAUAUGUUUGAUAUAAUAAAUGUUUUAUUGAAAACAAUAUGGGUGUCUUAAAUAGAGGCACAAUUAUCUUACUUGUAAUUGUAUAUUUGAAUAAGUUCGUUAGUUCAAAUCGAACACUCAACAUUCUAAGACCGAGAAGAACUAGGGUUGUUACUCAUCAACUUGGACAAUAUAAGGCUCAAUUAUUAAUUCCUAGAAAUACCAUUAGUGUUACAACUGUUACAAUUGGUCAAAAGGUUGUGUUUACUUGCGAAGCACCUGAAAAGGUUGAUUUUGUUUUUGUUAGGUCUCUUUAUGGUGUAGAAAGAUUACUAAAUAUAGCAGUUAUAAGACCCAAUCGCCAAAGAAAUGUAUAUCUUGCUUAUACAAGUGGAACUUGGGGUGAGGUUGAUCAAGACACCUUUUCAGGAAUGAAAGAAAUUCUUAGGACUGACCGUAAAUUAGAUAUAGCGGAGCCACUUGAUGUUCUUACAUUUACUAGUGAAAGACACAAUUUGUAUGGGCUUCCGGCAUUUGUUAUUUCCUGUAAAUAUGAUUUAAAUCUAGUUGCAAUUUAUGAUAAUUAUGAAGUAAUUUGGCAACAAGAAGACUACGAGCAGUCGGCGGCAUUCCUCAUAGUUCACGGAAGGUUAAAUUCAACAAAUUUAAUUAAUAUAAUUGUUAAAGGUAAAUCGGAGUCAUACAAUCUGUAUUAUAAGAAGAACGGUUCUGAAUGGGAACAAGUAACAAAAACCGAAUUUUAUUUAACAUUAGACUUGCUUGAUCUCGAAGUAAUCAUUGAUCGAAUAGGGUUUGAAUAAUGAUUUUUAACAAAUUAUCUAAAACAUGAAAUAAAAAGUAUAUUUAUUGUUUAAAUUAAUUGACAUGUAAAAUAUUGUUGAUAAUAACGAUUUAUUUUCUUAAACGAAGUAUUAAUUAAAAACCUAAAUGAAAUAAAACCAAAAUUUUUAAAUUAAGAACAAUUUAUAUUACCGUCGAUAUAAAUCAGAUGUAUGAUUACACAUAUUGGUUAUGAAAUAUUAUUAAGAUCUGAAUAAAAUGAAGAUAAAAAAAUUUAAGUUACGUAUUUCAGAUAUUUCUGAUUUAAUUCUAAGUUUAA